AUGGAAUUGUGUCAGGCUAUUGAACGACUAGAAGGGGCUCACGCACAGAUCGAACGCGUUUGUGAAAUCUGCGGGGCCUCGUCCAUAUCAUAUGGAGUCCUUCAUUACGGUGGUGUCAUCUAUACAAAAAGUGUCGGGCUGAGAGACCAAGCGCAGCACCUGCCGGCAGAUUCCCAGACUAUUUAUCCCCUGGCCUCGGUAUCAAAGGGCUUCUUAGCCGCUGCCGUGGGAAUCCUGGUGGAUAAAGGUAAGCUUGAUUGGCAUGUCCCUAUCAGCACAUAUCUCCUGCUGUUUGAUCCCGUUAAUGAUGGAGAUCUGGGAAGAUAUGCCAAUGUUAUUGAUCUACUAAGUCACGCUACCGGACUAUCACAGCAUGACCUACUCCAUAUUGGGCCAUUUGGGUCAAUAAUCAGUGACUCGUCUAAGCUAGUUCAUUUACUUAAUGCAUUACCGACAUCCAAUAGCCAUGGUUCAAGGUUUCGCCGGUGGUGGCUUUACAACAACCAUGUCUCAGCACUAGCGAGCCAAGUGCUUGAGACUGUCUCAGACGGAAUGCGCUACCCUGAUCUUUUAGAGCAACGCAUCCUACGUCCUUUACGCAUGUUCCGGACUCUCGUCUCCAUGAACAAGUUCAACUCGGAUUCAAAUAUAGCCUUACCAUAUGCUCGCCUAUCAGACGGCUCCUUCGCGAAACUGCCAUUCCCCGAAUACCUCCAAGAGACAACCCACAUUCUUGCGAGUCAGGGGGUCACCAGCUGUGUCCAAGACCUAUUAAUAUGGGCCAAAGCGACAUUGGAACGUGAAUCGUGGGAGCAGCUCCAUACUAAGGAGAAGCUUAACGACCCCUUUCCCCCAAAUAACCCACUACGCCAAAUAACAACCAUCCGCCAUGGUCACUAUCCACAUCCUUUCGACAAUGCUCCAGGUCAUCCGAGUUAUUACUGCCUAGGCUGGUUAAGCCUUACUCUCCCAUCCUCGAAUCUUGGCAUGAUUAGCUUCAAUAAAGAGACGCGCCGCUCAGGCGACCAUCUUGAUUAUGUAUUAGGCAAGGAUUCACCACCUCUCAGAGUCAUACUGCACAACGGAAAAGCUCCCGGCUACAAUUCCGCCGUAUACACUUUUCCCGAGACAUCUAGUGCAAUUAUUGUUCUUGCCAGUGGAGCUACUGAUGGUGAUCCUGCUGACUGGAGUGCGCAGAUCCUGACACAGGAACUAUUUGACCUACAACCUCGGGUGGAUAUAGUGGACCUAGCUAGAAAGGAAGCCGUACUUAGUCGACGAUGGUUCGAUGAUUACAUCAUACGUCCAUUGCGAGAAGAUUUACAAAAAUGUGAAGGGGAUAGCGGCGCUAAUGACAGCCAUCUGUCCAAUCUUAGAACAUAUGAAGGUCAUUAUCGGAACAUUCACCUCCUGACUACCCUCAAUAUUCGCUUCAACGAAUCCAGUUCAAAUCUUGCUGUGUCUUUCAACAAUCGAACCGAUAAAGAGUAUCUAUUAAGGUUCCAUAAAGGGGACGAAUUUAGUUUCCUUCCCCCUGACCGAGACUCUUGGCUACGCGACUGCAUGCUGGAGGUAUUCGACUACCGAACGGGGAUAUUGAAGUUUACGUGUACAGAUGAUGGUGAUAUUUCUGGGCUAUGGUGGAAGUGGAGCGCAUGGGAGGAGGCAUCUCUCUUCACGAUGCAGACUACUACUUAA